UUCAGCAAGAGCAAAUGCGUGGUCCUGACGCAACAAGUAUCUGGUUUCCAGUCUCUCCUUUGGAUGAAUACGCGCUGUCUAGAGACGAAGAGGUGUUAACCCAAAGAAAAUCCAUAUCCAACUUUUUAUCUGAACUUUAUUACAGUUUUUAAACUGUCGUUUAUGAUUGAGUUUACGCGAUUGCAUAAUAGUUGCUCCGUUUAUUAUUAUUUUUUUUACCGUUAUUGCUACUUUUCUUGAUGUAUUAAAGGUGUGAGAGGAUCAAACUGUCCGUGAAAAGAGUCUUUGGAGGAUUUUCCUCACAUCUUUUCUUUAUUUGUACGUGGUUUAAGUAUAUGGAUACUUUUACGGAGCGGAGGCGGUAGAUUAUGCAUUCCACAGGAUGGGUGCGAACAAUGGGAAACAGAGCGGGAGUGAAGGGAAAGGCAGUUCCAGUAUUUCCUCCGACCUGAGUUCAAGUACGGAUCAGACAUCGACCAAAGCUCCAAAGAAUGCAGCUACCAGUGAAGACUCGGAUCUUAGCAUGCGAACAGUGAGUACGCCAAGCCCAGCUCUGAUUUUGCCCUCUUGUUCUUCCCCUGCCAUACUCAAUGGCUCCUCUACAUCCUCAUCCGCCUUCAGCACGGAAACCAUUGCCAUGGUGCACACACCCCCCACCUCCCUCACCCACCCCCAGAGGAGCCUGCAGCAACCAAAGGACCACCAGGGGGCACCUAUCGAUAUGCUCCCAGACCACGCCUUUCUACAGAUCUUCACCCACCUGCCCACCAACCAGCUGUGCCGCUGUGCCCGUGUAUGCCGUCGAUGGUACAACUUGGCGUGGGAUCCCCGCUUGUGGAGGACUAUUCGUCUGACAGGAGACGUGCUACACGUGGACCGCGCUCUUCGGGUUCUCACUCGAAGACUCUGCCAGGAUACCCCCAAUGUUUGUCUCACCUUGGAGACAGUUGUGGUUAGUGGCUGUCGCAGGCUGACUGACCGCGGACUGUACACAGUGGCACAGUGCUGUCCAGAACUCCGUCGCUUAGAUGUUUCCGGCUGUUAUAAUGUGUCCAAUGAGGCUGUGUUUGAAGUAGUAUCACGCUGCCCCAACUUGGAACACCUGGAUGUUUCAGGGUGCUCUAAGGUAACCUGCAUAAGUCUAACUCGGGACGUUUCAGUCAAACUCUCCCCUCUUCACGGUCAGCAGAUCUCUAUCCGCUAUCUUGACAUGACAGACUGUUUUGCUUUGGAGGAUGAAGGCCUGCACACCAUUGCCGCCCAUUGUACUCAGCUCACUCACCUCUACCUACGCCGCUGUGUGCGCCUGACCGAUGAGGGUCUGCGUUUCUUGGUCUUCUACUGCCCGUCUGUGCGUGAACUCAGUGUUAGCGAUUGCCGCUUCGUCAGUGACUUUGGCCUGCGGGAGAUUGCAAAACUAGAGGGCCGUCUGCGUUACCUCAGCAUAGCCCACUGCAGCCGCAUCACCGACGUGGGUGUGCGUUACGUAGCUAAAUACUGCAUCAGACUGCGUUACCUGAAUGCUCGUGGAUGUGAGGGACUAACGGACCACGGCAUUGAGCACCUUGCCAAAAACUGCCCCAAAUUAAAGUCCCUGGACAUUGGGAAGUGUCCUUUGGUGUCAGACGCAGGCCUGGAGCUGCUUGCACUAAACUGUUUCAACCUGAAAAGACUCAGUCUGAAGACAUGCGAAAGUAUUACAGGUCGUGGGCUGCAAGUAGUGGCGGCAAACUGCUUUGACCUUCAGCUGCUGAAUGUACAGGACUGUGAUGUGCCACUGGAGGCUCUGCACUUUGUCAAACGUCAUUGUAAACGCUGUGUUAUUGAGCAUACCAAUCCAGCCUUUUUCUAAGAGCUAUAUGGGAUUGUUGAAGGAUUUGAGAAGAUAAUCUCUUUUGACCAGCGGCAGUGACUUCUCUGCUAAAUAAACGUAGAGGAGAUUUCCACUGCUGCACCUUUGCAUUUAAUUUUGCAUGGUUGGGAGUAAUCUUAUCAAAGAUUUUAAUCCAUCUAUUUAUGUUUUUAUCCACUUAUAUUUUUGGAUUACUCAUCUUGCCUAUGCCAGAUUGUAUUACAUUUAACGUGUAUAGAAGUGUGUGUUGUUGGGGGUUUUUUUCUAAGGAAAUUUCAAGCAAUGAAUUAUCAGAAAUGCACUUUGUUGAUGCUUUGAAAUGAAGGGACGUUAACCGAAAUGUAAAUUAGACACAUUUUUACAGGAUAUGUGACUACGGUGGUCUACAAUUCAUUUUUUUUAAUACAUUUUAAAUCUCUGUUCUGAAUGUUUAACUUUGUGUUUCAUCAUGAAAGCCUAAUUAUUGGUUUCUAUCUUGGUUUUAUUUCCAAGGAAAAUGACGAAACAGUGCCAUUUUCACAGUGACGUUUACCUUUGUAAUGGUCAAUGCUGCAUGUUUCAGGUGUUUAACAAAAGGAAGACCACAGUGGAGUAAAGAGGUCUAAGCCAUAUUAAAGAGAAUUGUGAUGUUUACUUUUGUGUAGCUUACUUGCAGAGGCAGCAAUAGGGAGGGGCUUGCGUGUGCUUCAGCUUCCCAAAGAAAGUCUGUAGCACCACCACCAAAUUUUUAUAACAGCCAGCAGAUUAUCCUCUAAAUUAAGACUGUAUGAAGAAACAUUUUCCCUGACAAUAUUUUUGGAGUCAUAUUGUGUGUCCUAGCAAUGCCGAAUGAAUUACUGAUUUACUAAUUAAUUACUCAUUUGAGUCGAUUCCUUCAAAGAACAAGUCAAACGGUUUAGCAAAAUGAUCUGAAUCAUUCAGACAGCUCACACGCUGUAUCAUUUGGAGUGUAUCUCACUCCAUAACUACAGAAAUUAAAUAAAUUGAACAGAAAACAAUCAAGUGGAAUAUUUACUGUCAUGAUACACAGAGCAGAUGAGGAGGUAAUCUUAACUGUUGAAACUUUAUUAAGCACACUCCAACGUCAUGUCUAACAACCAGAGCCCUUCUAACAAGUGUGCAGCUUUUGAACAACUCAAGGCCAUUUUCCCAACCAAACAGGUAUCAAAAAGAAUCUUUUUUUUUUUACAUGUAUACAUUGGAGUACUUUCUAAACACCAUGGUGUACAUCAAUGCACUGCAGUAUUACCAUCUGAUACCAUCACAACAACAUGGUCUUGCCACAGCAGGCUAUUGUUUUGUACUAAGGUACCUGAUUUUAAAACUUUACUGCUGGAUGUGCUAUGUGAAUAAGUCUUUUAGCAAUGUUUUGUAGCCCACAAGUUUUGUUGCUACACAAGAUAUGUACUUAUUAAAAGGUAAAAAUGCUGCUCCUAAAGUCACCAGAAUUAAAUGCUUUAGUGUCGUUUUUGCUCAACGUUUCUCCCAGGGGGGCAGUUUUGCUGUACCUGUGCUUCAGACAGUACUGUAAAAAGCUGUAAA